CCGGUGCUGUGUCCGCCGGCGCUGGCGGCGGACGGCGGCUUCGCGGCCUCCAACCCGUGCCUGGGCCACAUCGACUUCCAGGAGCUGCGCAUGAUGCUGCUGAGCGAGGCCAGCCUGCCGGUGGCCGUGGCCAACGCGGCGGAGAAGACGCCGGACGGCGGCGCGGGCGAGGCGGCGGCCCGGGCCAAGACCGCGGACUGCGCCACCAAGGAGAACGCGGCGGCGGCCGGCGAGGGCGCGCCCGAGGCCCGGGCCAAGUCGGCGGUGCGCGUCCGCCUGGAGGACCGCUUCAACAGCAUGCCGGCCGAGCUGCCGCGCGGCUCCGAGACCCCCGAGACGGGCGUCGCGCUCAACAAUUUGGUAACUCUUAUCCGACAUCCGUCCGAAUUAAUGAAUGUUCCUCUUCAUCAGCAACAGAACAAAUGCACAACAUUAGUGAAAAAUAAAACUGCCGCGGCAACGACUGCUUUGCAGUUCACGUACCCGCUCUUCACUCCCAACGCUUGUUCUGCUGCUGGAAGUUCUAACCUUUCACAGACACAGAGUUCUGGUAACUCCUGUUCUAUACUUGAAGCUGCCAAACAUCAGGAUAUUGGAUUGCCUAGAGCGUUUUCUUUCUGUUAUCAGCAGGAAAUUGAAUCCACUAAACAGACUUUAGGCGGUAGAAACAAAGCUUUACCUGAGCAGGUUUGGAUUAAAGUAGGAGAAGAAGCGCUAUGUAAACAAGCAAUAAAUAAGAGGAAUCGAAGUAGAAUACGUCAGUUGGACACAAAUGUAGAACGAAGAGCCCUUGGAGAAAUUCAGAAUGUGGGCGAAGGCUCCACAGCCGCACAGGGCGCUUGGCAGUCAGCGGAGUCCUCACAGUCCAACCUGGGGGAGCAGACCCAGAGCGGGCCCCAGGGAGGAAGGUCUCAGCGUAGGGAGAGGCAUAACCGAAUGGAAAGAGAUAGAAGACGCCGAAUCCGCAUUUGCUGUGAUGAGUUGAACCUCUUAGUCCCGUUCUGCAACGCCGAGACGGACAAGGCGACAACUCUCCAGUGGACAACGGCAUUCCUGAAGUACAUUCAGGAAAGACAUGGAGAUUCUCUCAAAAAGGAAUUUGAGAGUGUUUUCUGUGGGAAAACUGGCAGAAGGCUAAAGCUGAGCAGACCCGACUCCUUGGUGACGUGCCCUGCCCAGGAAAGUCUCCCGAGCAGCCCAGCUACGGAGAUGAAGUGAGCUCAACUGGACACUGGCUCUGCUGAAGUGGCGGCUCCCCGUCGCGACCCACAGCAUCUCCUGCGGUCCGGAGCCCCACUCUGACUGGAACACAGUGGCGUGGCUCAAGUUGACGGGACUCCAGUAGGGACUUUGAAAGCAUAUUUUGUAAAAAUAUUUAUCUAGAACAAAAUAUUUACCCAUUAAUGUCCUCUUAGACCAUUUGGGGAUGAAGACACCUUGACAACAAUUAGUAAUUUUUCAAUUAUCUGUCCGAUUGCAUCAUGUUUUUUUAACAUGAUAACUUAAAAAAUUAACAUCCUUUGUAAUUGGUUUAGUCUUGAAGGGUACAUUGCUUUUUACGUAUUUUAUUUACACUUUAAAUAUGCCCACUUAGCAACUGGAACAAGUUAAAUUGUUCUUACCUAGAAGUAGUUUGGCGAUUUUAUUUCAUUUCAGUUAUGUCACCCCCCCUUGUAAGAAUUCCCAGGCAUGUGGUACUGUACUGCAAAACGCAGUGCUAUUUUAAACCUUUCGCUAGAAAAUUUCCAGAGACUCCUUCUAAAGCUACUUUUGUCCAUAAAUGAAAUAUUGUCACAGUAGAUUGCUUAA